CUGCUCCUCUCGCGAGAUUCAGCCAAGCUCUCAGGGUAGGGCCGUUGAACUCUCGCCGCGGUUUGCGCUCUCGCGAGAUUUCCCUGAGCUCUCGUGUUGUUGUUGUUGUGGUGAUGAUGGCGGCGGCAGGCGCAGAGGCCCCGGAUUCCUGGUAUCUGGCUCUUCUCGGUUUCGCCGAACAUUUUCGAACCUCCAGUCCUCCCAAAAUCCGCUUGUGUGUGCACUGCCUGCAGGCCGUAUUCCAGUUUAAGCCUCCGCAGAGAGUGGAGGCCCGGACGCAUUUGCAACUGGGCUCGGUGCUCUACCACCACACGAAGAACAGUGAGCUGGCCCGCACGCACCUCGAGAAAGCGUGGUUUAUCUCACAGCAAGUAGCGCAGUUUGAGGAUGUUAAAUUCGAGGCGGCGAGUCUCCUGUCAGAGCUUUACUGCCAGCAGAACUUGGUUGAUUCUGCGAAGCCGCUGUUACGGAAGGCCAUCCAGAUCUCGCAGCAGACGCCGUACUGGCACUGCAGACUGCUGUUUCAGCUGGCGCAACUUCACACGCUAGAGAAGGAUCUGGUGUCGGCCUGCGAUCUGCUGGGAGUUGGCGCUGAAUAUGCCAGAGUCGUGGGAUCUGAAUACACCAGCGCUCUUUUCCUGCUGAGCAAAGGCAUGUUGCUGUUGAUGGAGCGUAAGCUGCAGGAGGUUCAUCCGCUCCUGACGCUGUGCGGGCAGAUCGUGGAAACCUGGCAGGGAAACCCCAUCCAGAAGGAGUCCCUGCGUGUUUUCUUCCUGGUGCUGCAGGUGACGCAUUACCUGGAUGCCGGACAGGUGAAGAGCGUCAAGCCGUGUCUGAAGCAGCUCCAGCAGUGCAUCCAGACCAUCUCCACACUCCACGAUGAUGAAAUCCUGCCCAGUAACUCGGCCGACCUCUUCCACUGGCUUCCCAAGGAGCACAUGUGUGUCCUCGUCUAUCUGGUGACGGUCAUGCACUCGAUGCAGGCUGGAUACCUGGAGAAGGCCCAGAAAUACACUGAUAAAGCCCUCAUGCAGUUAGAGAAGCUCAAGAUGCUGGACUGCAGCCCCAUCCUGUCGUCAUUUCAAGUCAUUCUGCUGGAGCACAUCAUCAUGUGUCGUCUGGUGACGGGACACAAGGCCACGGCGCUGCAGGAGAUCUCUCAGGUGUGUCAGCUGUGUCAGCAGUCUCCACGGCUCUUCUCCAAUCACGCCGCUCAGCUUCACACGCUGCUGGGUUUGUACUGUAUCUCUGUGAACUGCAUGGACAACGCUGAGGCCCAGUUCACUACAGCACUGCGGCUCACCACGCAUCAGGAGCUGUGGACGUUCAUCGUGACCAAUCUGGCGAGUGUGUACAUCAGAGAGGGCAACAGACAUCAAGAGCUGUACAGUCUAUUAGAGCGGAUAAACCCGGACCACAACUUCCCCGUCAGCUCUCACUGUCUGCGCGCAGCGGCUUUCUACAUCCGCGGGCUGCUCUCCUUCUUCCAGGGACGCUACAAUGAAGCCAAGCGCUUCCUGCGUGAGACGCUGAAGAUGUCUAACGCUGAGGAUCUGAACCGUCUGACGGCCUGCUCUCUGGUGCUGCUGGGACACAUAUUCUAUGUGCUGGGGAACCACAGGGAGAGCAACAACAUGGUGGUUCCAGCGAUGCAGUUGGCCAGUAAGAUCCCAGACAUGUCCGUGCAGCUCUGGUCCUCAGCUCUGCUGAAGGAUCUCAACAAGGCCUGUGGGAACUCCAUGGAUGCGCACGAGGCUGCACAGAUGCACCAGAACUUCUCCCAGCAGCUCCUGCAGGAUCACAUCGCCGCCUGCAGCCUGCCCGAACACAACCUCAUCAGCUGGACGGACGGCCCUCCUCCUGUGCAGAUUCAAGCUCAGAACGGACCCACAACAAGCCUGGCGAGCCUGCUUUAAACACACGCACACACACACACACACACACACACACACACACGCUGGCGGGGGACGAGCGAGACGAGCUGCCUUUGACCUGCAGAUCUCUAUCCUGUAUUAUUCAGAUUUUAACUUAUUGAGUUUGGCUCACGGUUUAUGAGUCUUUGGGGACGAUCGAGAAGAUGGACGCCGGACACUCGUAUUUGAUUUAAUGACACGGUCACGUGACGUUCCUGAUUCAGCAGAGCGGUUUAGCUGAGCUGGCGUCAUCAGAUCACGUAUGUCGGUUUGUCGUGUGCGAGGAUCGACCUGAUUGAUUCUGCCCGUCACAUAAAAUUCAUAUAAACCUGUUGAGAACAUAUUCACCACAAAAUAAAACAUAUUUCAUAUUCAAAAGCAAGUAUUGUGACAUUAUUUUCAUGACGUUUAACGCCUAAAUUCUCAUUAUAAUCUUAAUUUUGACAUUUAUUUAGAUUAUUUACACGUCAUGGUACGCUGGUUUAAAUAAAUCUUGACAGUAUUUAUGUGAUUACAGUCACAUCUGAACCCGUUCUUAAACGGGCUUCGCUUUCAUGACAAGAAAUGAGAAUUUGAAGAAAUGUUUUCCUUAUUUUGUGGUGAAAAUGUCCUGGUGUUUUAGACGGGAUUAAUGUCCAGCAGAGGGCAGCGUUUAUUUUCAGGAUCUUCAGUCUGAAUCGUUUGCUUUAGAAUCUUUUCAUCGAGUGUUUGAAGUGAACGGCGGUCACUUACUGAACUUUUCUAUGCUUUCAUAUUUUUACAUGAUCACACACACACACACACACACACACACACACACACUCGACUUCAGUCUCAUUUUCAGCUCGGAAGACUUUUGUUUUGUACCUGCACGUCUCAUCUUUUAUUGUACAAACAGUCUUUUCUUUUAAAAGUAUUUACCUCUUUUCUUCUGUAGUUUUAACAAAUACAUUUAUUAAAUUUUGUAAAGUUUGAAUAUUUAUAUACCACAUUUAACAAUAUUAUAAUCUCUGUCAUUGUUUGAUUUGGAAUAGCCUCAGUUUGUAUAAAGGUUAUGAGAACUGUUGUUUCUGUAGGGUAGAUAAUGAUCGACUCGACGCUCUUUCUAAUAACUGUAUUUUUAAACUCUCAUAUUAUUUCUUUGUGUCUGCUUCAAAAUCAUCAGCAUUUUUUAAAUAAAAUUGGAGAAGUGUA